GCGGAUGUUGGGACACGGCUCACCGAGUACGACUUCGCAUCAGCAGCAAUGACACGCAGGGCGCUUUUGAUUCGGUGUAGAGUGGACAGGCGGAAAUAGAGUUUGACGCAUAUUCUGGGAGAUAUUUCUGGAACGUUAGGGUCGAAGAGUCGCUGAGCCAUGGGAGUGCCUUCUUCGUCCAGCUCAGCCGCAUAGGCUAUUGAGGGCACAGACCGAAGCCAGGAACUAGCUAGAGCAGAGCGGUCCUGCCGUACCACGCGUUAAUUCUUGUUUGAGCGUCGCCCGUCCUUCGCGCCGCGUUUAGCUUUGGCUGGUGCGCCGCCCUAUCAGGCGAGUGGGCGCCCUUUGAUGGCUGCAGGGGGCUUGGCUCUGCGACCCAGCGCGCGACGCCGCGUGCCGCGUCGAAGCAAACUCCCGGGCAGCCGCGUUCACCAUCAGUCGGAGAGCCUUGAGGGCCGGAGGGGCAAGACUUGGAGGGAUGAGGAACGGACGGAGUGGGCGGAGAGCGAGGAGGAGGAGGAGCAGCAAGGGAGCAUAGUGAAGGAGAAAAGUCGGAGAUGGGAGGGAGCAGAGGAGACGGGAGGGGAUAAUGGCGGGGAGAGUGAGAGAGAUGAGGGUGAGGACAGCGGCGACGAGGGCAGCUUGGCGUCGCAGUCGACGUACCUGAUGCUCAACCCGUUCGCGGUGCGCGAGGAGGUGCAGCCGGUGCUGGAGGCGGCAGUGGCUAUGGGGCUGGACUUAGCGGGCGGGGCGGAGGGCGAGGGGCAGGGCGGAGGGGGCGCAGGGGUGGCGGCGGCGGAGUUCUACUCGGCGGUGGACCGCGUGCGGGACGCGGUGGGGGCCAUGGAGGCGGAGAUAGCGCGCAGCAGACAGCUGCUGACGUCUGCCAUGGAGGCUCUUGCCGCCGUGUUCGAGAGGCACAUCGGAGCUGUCGAUGCGCUGGAGUGCUUCCCCCCCUCGUCCGCCACCUCGCCCUCCGCGCUCGUUGGUCUGCCACCCCUCCCCGAGCUGCCCUGUCCGCCCUCGCCCGCCUCCGCGCACGCCCUUUCCGGCUGCGAGGGCUCGGCGCGCAGGGGGGAGGGUGCGGCGGGGGGCCAGAUGGUGGCGCGGCUGCAGGCGAUGGCGAAGCGGUUGUUCGAGAACGGCGGGCGGCACACUCUGUUCCAAACCUACAAGAGGCAGCGAGGCGCGGCGGUGAGAGCAGCGCUGGCGGCAGCGGGAGUGGGAGAGGGAGUGGGGCAGUGUGGGGAGGCGCGGGUGGCGGAGUGGUCGUGGGAGGAGGCGGAGGGCCGGCUGCGGGAGUGGCGCGCGCACCUCAAUUUCGGACUGGCGCUGUUCGCGGCGGAGCAGCGGGUGAGCGAGGCGGUGCUGGGCGGCAUGGGGCACCUGCGGCAGGAGUGCCUGGAGGACCUCCUCGCGCCCUCCUUCGCCGUGCUGCUCGCCCUGCCGCGCCUGCUCGCCGCGCAGCCGCCCUCGCUGCCCGCCCUCCUGCACGCGCUCUCCACGUUCGACGCGCUCAGGGACGGCUACCCGCAGGUGGCGGAGCUGUACCCGCGGCGCACGCAGAGGCAGCGGCGGCAGUACCUGGACGUGCUGGCGGCAGUGGCGGGCGUGGCGAGGAGCGCCUUCCUCGCCACCGAAACCGCCUGGUCCCACGCCCACCACCUCGCGCUGCUGCUGGGGGGGCAGGGACAGGGGCAGGGACAGGGGCAGGGGCAGGGACAGGGACAGGGGCAGGGAGAGGAGGAGGAAGGCAAGCAGACGAGGAGUGAGAGGGGCGAGGAGAAGGAGGGGGGUGCGGUGAUAAGUGUAUUGUCAGAAGGGGAUGCAGGCGAUGGUGACUUUCAGCAGGCGGUUGCAGCGGACGCAGAGAAGGAGGAGGCGAAGGAAGGGGAGGGUGGCGCUGUGAGUGGAGAUGGCACAGCGGACACGGUGCCAGCAGCGGGUGGCACUGCCGUGGCAGCAGGCACGGGCGUGCAGCAGCGCAAGGCACGCAGCCUCCUGCUACGCUUUCUGUCGGUGCGGCCGCCACAGCCAGCACCCCACUCGCCUGCAUCUGGUGAGGGGGCGCGCGUGUCGGUGACGGCAUGCUUCCAGGCCAUCAGUGGCGCCGUGGACCCCGUCACGCUGCGCCUCAUCGACACCUUCCACCUCCUCUGCUCCCACGACCUGCCGUACCGCCGGCUGUUGGAGGAAGUCCUGGACACCCAUCCCACCUCCCCUUCCGCACCUUCCCACGCCUGCUCCCCCUCCGCCUCGCCUCACCUCCCUCUCUCCUCCUCGCGCGACCAGCAGCCACCCACCCCCCUGUCAGUGUGCAGCAGCCCUGCCAGCAGCUGCUGGAGCGCCGCCUCUUCGCUGCCGCUGCCAGGGCAGGCCGGGGCAGGGGGGACCGGAGGUGCGGGGAGGCGGGUGCAUUCGCGCAUGGCGAUGGUGAUCGCCGGGAGCAUCCGCGGGCUGGUGGGCGCGCUGGAGGCGCACGCUGUGGGGAGCCGCGGCGACCUGGCACUGAGCGAGCUCUUCCUCAUGAACAACCUCCACCACAUCGCCACCCGCCUCGCCAGGUCCAGCUUGGGCAAGCUGCUGGGGCUGGCGGAGGUGGGCGCACACGCAAAGCACGAGGAGAGGCACCGCGACCGCUUCCUGGAACUCUCAUUUGCCAGGUUCCACUGCCUGGUCACCAAAGACAGACUUCGGAAGCCAGAUGCCAUCCGGCGACUGAUGGAGUUUUGCAGCGUGCUGGGAGAUGUGCUGGCCAUGCAGCAAACCUGGGUGGUGCCUGACCCUCACAACGCUGCCACUCUACGCUCCGCCCUGCGCUGGGGCCUUCAGCAAAUGCUCCAGGCAUUUCUCGCCAAACACAGGACUGUGCUUCUUGGCACCGUCGAUGUGACAAUUCCAGAAAUUGAUGACGCAUGGCAAUUAAUCUCUGGAGUAAAUCACAGCUUUCGUGCACGGAUUUAGCUAGUUAAAGAAGAUGCUCCAUCAUUGGAUGCAACAUGCAUGUAGUAGUGCACCAAAUCUCAACUUACUCCAUUUUGAUUCGCACUAAAGAGUACCUCAAAGCCAAUGCAUUGGGAUCAAAAUCUGAGUAGGA